AUGGGGGCCACCGAGAGCAAGCCGAAGCCGCCGGCGGCGAUCCUGGCGCCCAAAGUCUUCGACUUCCCUCCCGCCGCCGCCCGCACCAGGAUGUCGACGCCGGCGUACGAUCUCAUGUUCGGGAAGCUCUCGCUGCGCGCCCUGUUCGACGACUACUUCCAGCGCCACCCUGACCGCAACGUCGAGGCGGGGCUUGUGUUCAAGCCGCCGGUGUACGAUGCCGACGUUGAUCUCACCGCCACCAUGUCUAAAGAUGGCGGGGAGGCUCUGAUGCGGUGGCAGAGGGAUUCCGAUGAUCCCCAUAACUUUCUGGAAGUUCUCGCCUCCACGUCAAAAAGCAUGUUGAGGCUGAGCUCAGCCGCUCACUAUCCUAUUAUUGGUAUUGGCGCCUUUGGGACAUUCCCUUUGCUUAUGGCAAACAGGGCGUGUUCAGAGGACUAUGGUGUCAUGGGUUUAAGAUAUGUUUCACAGAAUGUAUCGAUUGGAGCAUCCUUUUUGCCGUUUCCUUUUCCUGGUGAGGUACCAUAUGGUGCAUGGUUGGUUGGGAGAAAAGGGAAUUUCAGCGCAGGCCUGCAAUACAAACCACUUAGUGGAAGCAACCAUCCUAUGCCUUUUACAGACGUGAAGAACUGGAAUGCUGCAGUCAGCUAUGGCAUAGGCUCAACUAGCCCACUCGACAAUUCAAUACUUUUUGCCCUAGAGCUUGUCAGAAAUACACAGCUUGUGGCAUCAAUCUAUCAACACAAUAUUCUUCGAAAAGAGGUAUAUCGGUGGCGUGGUGAUGAUCGUAUUACCGGAUGUUUAAGCUACCUUGAUUUUGGGCUUGAGCUCGCGACAAGAUUCCAUCGAACAAUCAAUUCAGAUUGGACAAUCUUAACAGAAACAGAAGAGAAAUUUAAUGGAGAGCAGGAGAAGCGCACAUUCCAGUUUGACCCUGAUUCAGGCAACUUUGAGAAUCUACCAACAGUGUUGAAGCCUGUCGACGAAAUAUUGUAA